AUGGUCUCUGAUCGGGCUUUUAGUGUGCAUACGUCAACCAUCAAUGCCGAUUCGCCUACCACAAUUGACUUUAUUUUCCGGGCCUCAGUGCUCCCUAUGCGACGUGGGAUCGCUAAGGCUGAGCUCAACGCACUUCGGAAAGAGCACAGCUUCCAUUUGACCACCAUCGACAUUCAUUCCCCCGGUCAGGAACGCUGGAAACGUCGCUACGUAUACUGGAUCCCUGCUCUACACUUAGACGACGUUGAAAUCGCCAAGGGGCGUUGGGACGCAAACACUGUACGACCGUUCCUAGAAAAGUGGAGAGAGACACAGAGUUUAUUGGGCAAGGAGGGUGGCGAGAUGGCGGAACAACUGAAUGUGGACGACACAAGUGUAGGCUUUCGUGAUUCGCCAUAUAAGGAUAGCCAAAAUUCGGAAAUACAAGAAGAUGACUUGUUUUUCUAUGAUCCCACGGCCUUGACCGCGUGGCCGACGCAAAUUAGCCAGUACACGGUCCCCGAAUUCACCUCGACAUUGGGUGUUUCACAAGAUCCUUUCUUGGAAGACAACGAGCCCACAUAUGACCCCGACGCCGGAUACUUCCAGUCGGGUGUCAAACAAUGUUUCAAUUGUAUGGCUACGACCCACAUCGUUUCUGAUUGUCCACGCAAAAGAGACCCUCAACAUGUUUCGCUUGCGCGGGUUGAUUAUGGGUCACGAGGCGGCAACACAACUCGGUCUAUGAGGUUGCAUGAAGCCGAAGAGGUAUUCAAGCGAAGGGUCGAAUUUACGCGAACGUUUGAGCCCGGUUACAUCCGAGGACAGUUAUUACGCGAGAGUCUGGGAUUAAAUGAAUACUAUGGAGGGGGUAAUGAAGACCUACCCUGGUAUUACACAAUGUGUGAUUGGGGCUAUCCUCCAGGAUGGGUUUCUGAUACAGAUCCUCGCAUCAAGAUCAUGACAAGGAUAUAUUCGACUAGUCAAUACGAACCAGCUGAAGGGCUUUCGUCUCUUACAAUAUUCGACGAACCUCCGGAGUCCUCGACGGCUAAAUUGGAAAGUUCUGAUGGCAAUCUGUGUGCACCACCAUUGGCGUGCGAGGGCCUGUUGAGCUCACCAAGCUCUCAAAUAUUUUUAGCUCCCCCUCCUCCUCUAGACGAGCCACCCCCGCCUCCUUCUGAGUUUCCUCCUCCCCUUCCGAACGAACCACCUCCAGCCUCUCCGCCGCUCCCAGACUCGCUGCCUUUUCCUCCUCGGCGCUGGGUCAACUACCAUACGACUCUUUUCCAAUCAGAACGAUUACCAAUAUCUUUAGUCUCUCGGCCACUUCCUGUCCUUCCAGAGGCCCCACCUCCACCGCCUUCUGGUACGCCACCUCCGCCCUCCACUCCACCGCCGCCAUCACCGCCUCCUCCUCCCAGAGAACUCUCCGAGCAGGAAAAACGGCGAUUGCUCUGGGAGAAAAUUACAGCUGCAAACUCAUAG